AUGAGAGAUAUGAAGGACAAACUGACCGUAGGAGGGUGGAAAAGGUUACCGGAGAAGAUCCAGAAUGCCUUCAUCGAACUUCAGCUGCAAUUAUCAACAUUGCGCGAACACUCUGGUGGCGAUGAUGUGGCACCGAUGAACAAAGUCACAACGCGCGAGAACUACGAUAAGGGCGUAUCCCAGCUCCCUUUGCUCCUCUUCGACAGGGAAGGUCACCAUCCGAGUCGCCAGUGGCCGGAGUUCUGGACCGUCCUUCAGAAGAGUCAAAAUCCUCGAUAUCAACAGAAUCGGCAGAUGGAUAGGGCCUCAAGGGCCUGGAUGCCUGAUAGCUGUUGA